AUGCAUUCUCUUCUGUAUAUAGCGUCAUCCAUGCUCUACGCAUCCGCUGUACAUGGAGCUAUACCCCCGAAGCCCGUUCCACCUCCAUCCUCAGCGGAAUUGGUUGCUUUCACUGGUAAUUCCACAUUUCAGCAGCUAAUUGACCACGAGAACCCACACCUCGGAACGUUUUCUCAGCGUUACUGGUGGAACUCAGAAUGGUGGUCAGGGGAAGGUUCACCGGUUGUGCUUUUUACUCCCGGAGAGAGUGCAGCUGAUGGUUAUGGUGGUUACUUGACAAACAAAACCCUUACGGGUCGUCUUGCAAAGGAACUAAAAGGAGCAGUGUUAAUGAUCGAACUAGCAAUGCUCAAAAUGCGCCGUGGGUCCUCAGUGGGGGGGUCCUAUAGUGGUGCUCUAUCAGCCUGGACCGAGUCAACUUCCCCGGGCACUUUCUGGGCCUAUCAUGCAUCGAGUGCGCCUGUACAGGCUAUUUAUGACUUCUGGCAAUAUUUUACUCCUGUACAAGAAGGAAUGCCACAAAAUUGCAGCAAAGAUAUCACGAGAGUAAUUGAACAUGUCGACAAAAUCGGAAAAUCAGGGUCGAAGCAUCAAGUUCAGAAGCUGAAAGAUUUGUUUGGCCUUGGCGAUGUUGAGCACUUUGAUGAUUUUGCAAGUGCGCUCGAGAAUGGGCCCUGGCUAUGGCAAUCAAAUACUUUCUAUACCGGCUACUCGGAGUUUUAUCAAUUUUGUGACUAUGUUGAAAAUGUCCAGAAGGGAUCCAAACGCCUCCCAGGCCCUAACGGCGUUGGCCUGAACAAAGCCCUACAUGGCUAUGCCAAGUGGUUUAAGGAUAUUUACUCACCCGGAUCAUGUGCCAAAUAUGGCUAUUGGUCCGAUAAUAGUACUACGGCAUGCUACGACACCCACAAUGCGUCUAGUCCCAUCUUCACAGAUCGAUCCGUCGACAACACAAUCGAUAGGCAGUGGCAGUGGUUUCUUUGCAACGAGCCUCUUUUCUACUGGCAAGAUGCUGCGCCAUCUAGCAUUCCAUCUCUCGUCUCUCGUACGGUCAACGCGGAGUACUGGCAACGACAAUGUCCAUUAUUCUUCCCAGAGGUCAACGGCCAUACUUAUGGUAGCGCAAAUGGAAAAACAGCGGGGGAUGUUAAUUCAUGGACCAAUGGUUGGGAUUUGACCAAUACGACCCGACUCAUCUGGGCAAACGGGUACGUCUCCUCUAAUCCGUAA